CAGUCUAUUUCAUUUUAUAUUUCCAUAAGUUCCAAAAUAUGUACAUUUGCCAACAUUACGGCGACAAACGGAACAAAUGUGCAGAAAUGGUUUACCCGGAACAUAUUAGACGGCGGACAUCCUAACAACAGCCUUUUCCUUAGCGACCCUUUUCACAACAAUAGCUCUAUGACGACAGCGACGUCAGGAACUAACGAUAGGCACUUUUAAUGUAUCAAAAUGCUUAACUUUUAUUGACUUAUGUUAAGUAAUAUUGGUGUUUUUUUUACUGUAUAUUGAAGAUAUAUUGUUAAAUAAUACAAAAAUGUUCAGCCACAUGUCAAGCCCCCAAUAUUCUCCACGUUAUACCUCCAGCGGUAUGAGAAGGUCCCUUUGGGAUGAGGUUUGUACCGAAUAUGAAGCAAGUCUGCCCACUCCUCCCAGUGUUAACUUGACCAGUUCAGAGUCCUCUGUCCAAGCUGCCAAGGUGGAUGAAGAGGAGGAUGAGCUUCUGACAGACCUUGACCCCCUGCUGCACUACCCUGCACAUCCUGGAUUCUCUGUGUUUGGAGCACAUUCUUCUUUAAAGCACAGAAGGCAGACAUCAACAACUUUCUGUCCACAGCAGUUCCCACAUCCUGUCACAAAGUUCAUGGAAGACAAAGUGUUCCAUGUGCUGUCGCCUGCAAUUGAGGCUUUGCUGAAAGAAGCUGAGAAACAAGGUUGUUUGGAGAAGAAGGUAAUAACAUUUUAUCCCUUUGAUUACCUGGUGGAGUGGCUCUACAAUCAUAACCCCCGCAGACGAGGGUAUCCCUUUGUAAAAUUCCAUGACAUCCCAUUCGUCAAAUCCUGGCUCAUCUUACAUCCGAGGCCUCCUGUGCCCCUCUACCUGCAGCUGAGUGACGACGAAGCUGCUGUGAUCAUCCAGGCUUUCUGGAGAGGAUAUCAGGUCAGAGCACAGCCUUAUGUGCAGGAGCUGCGGCAGUGGCAAACGAACCUGAGGGAAACUCGCGACAUUCCCAACUCUGUCAGGGAAUUCUGGGCUCGGGUUGAGAAGCGAGUGGGUUCGGUCAUGUCGGACGCUGCUGAAAGCUCUCAAACUUCGGAAAACUCAGAAAAUUCCGACUUGAGCAUCCAAGUGGUUUCUCCCACCCCGCAGAGCACGGCCGUGCACACGCCCACCGACCGAAUGACCCCGGACGGCAUUGAGCGUCUGAAGCCCGGUCUUUAUAGCGUGGAUGAGAUGAUCAACAUGGCAUCACUGUCCAGGUCAUAUGCACCACCUUAACUAUACUAGAUGACAUCAACUGUGUCUAGUCUAUUCUUUUAGCGUUUUUAGCUGUUAAUGUCUCGUAUAUAUCGAUGUCAUGCUGGCCCUAGCGAUUCAUCACAUGCGCCAUUAAACAUCUUGUAACCAAUCCAGCACACCCAAGCAAGGCUUUAUGCUUUAAUAUGCACGUCUAACCACUCAGUGGCUUAGUGGUUAGAGUGUCCGCCCGGAGAUCGGUAGGUUGUGAGUUCAAACCCCGGCCGAGGCAUACCAAAGACUAUAAAAAUGGGACCCAUUACCUCCCUGCUUGGCACUCAGCAUCAAAGGUUGGAAUUGGGGGUUAAAUCACCAAAAAUGAUUCCCGGGCGCAGCCACCGCUGCUCCUCAGUACUCCCCUCACCUCCCAGGGGGUGAUCAAGGGUGAUGGGUCAAAUGCAAAGAAUAAUUUCGCCACACCUAUUGUGUAUGUGACAAUCAUUGGUAAUUUAACUUAAACUUUAACUAAUCAGCUUAAAGGCCUACUGAAACCCACUACUACCGACCACGCAGUCUGAUAGUUUAUAUAUCAAUGAUGAAAUCUUAACAUUGCAACACAUGCCAAUACGGCCGGGUUAACUUAUAAAGUGACAUUUAAAAUUUCCCGGGAAAUAUCCGGCUGAAACGUCGCGGUAUGAUGACGUAUGCGCGUGACGUUGUCAGUUUAACGGAAGUUAUGGUACCCCGUAGAAUCCUAUACAAAAAGCUCUGUUUUCAUUUCAUAAUUCCACAGUAUUCUGGACAUCUUUUGCAAUUUGUUUAAUGAACAAUGAAGGCUGCAAAGAAGACAGUUGUAGGUGGGAUCGGUGUAUUAGCAGCGGACUACAGCAACACAACCAGGAGGACUUUGUUGGAGAGCAGACUCGCUAGCCGGCGACCUCACCUUGACUUCCUACGUCUCCGGGCCGCCAAACGCAUCGGGUGAAGUCCUUCGUCCUUCCGCCAAUCGCUGGAACGCAGGUGAGCACGGGUGUUGAUGAGCAGAUGAAGGCUGGCUGGCGUAGGUGGAGAGCUAAUGUUUUUAGCAUGUGCGGUCCGGUUGCUAAGUAGGCUUCAAUGGCGUCGUUAGCACAGCAUUGUUAACCUUCGCCAGCCUGGAAAGCAUUAACCGUGUAUUUACAUGUCCACGGUUGAAUAGUAUUGUUGAUUUUCUAUCUAUCCUUCCAGUCAGGGGUUUAUUUUUUUUGUUUCUAUAUGCAGUUAAAGCACGAUGCUAUCACGUUAGCUCGUAGCUAAAGCGUUUCGCCGAUGUAUUGUCGUGGAGAUAAAAGGCACUGAAUGUCCAUUUCGCGUUCUCGACUGUCAUUUUCAAGAGGAUAUAGUAUCCGAGGUGGUUUGAAAUACAAAUCCGUGAUCCACAAUAGAAAAAGGAGAGAGUGUGGAAUCCAAUGAGCCAGCUUGUACCUAAGUUACGGUCAGAGCGAAAAAAAAUAUGUAUUUCACUGCAUUCUAGUCCGUCACUCUAACGUUCCUCGUCCACGAAUCUUUCAUCCUCGCUCAAAUUAAUGGGGUAAUGGUCCGAAUAGCUCUAGCUGCGUUGAAAACAAUAGGAAAAUAUGAGGGAGUGAACAACUGACAACGUCACGCUACUUCCGGUAGGGGCAAGGUUUUUUUUAUCAGAGACCAAAAGUUGCGAACUUUAUCGACGUUGUUCUAUACUAAAUCCUUUCAGCAAAAAUAUGGCAAUAUCGCAAAAUGAUCAAGUAUGACACAGAAUGGAUCUGCUAUUCCCGUUUAAAUAAAAAAAAUUCAUUUCAGUAGGCCUUUAAUGCUUUCAUUUAUAAUGGGUCAACAUACAGUAUAUAUACUGUAUACCAGUAAUAGUCAAGUGGUGAUCUGUGGGCCAAUUUUGGCCCGUAAAUGACUUCAAACCGGCAUGCUUGUCAUAUACAGAGGAUUUUUGACUGUUGUUUUUAAGGACCGACUGCAAAAAAAAAAACUGUACCCCUGACUGACUAGUGUUUUUUUUUUGCAGUACACAACAGCAGAGUGCUCCUGUCAUCUAGAGCAGUGGUACCCAACCUUUUUUGCACCACGGACCGGUUUAAUGUAGGCAUUAUUUUCAGGGACCGGCUUUCCACUUGUGCCAGAUAAAAAUGCAGCAAAAAUAAGUGCAUGAAAAAUACAACCUGCUAUAACGCUGCAUUAGUGGGAGCCUUGGGCUUGUUUCUUUGCAAUGAGAUGCAGAUGGAAAUCAGUUUUUGGCUACAAUCCGUCACAUUUAUAUUUUAUAUGUUCAUUAAUGUGCAUUGUAUCAUGUCACAAAUCUAUAACAAAUAUAACAAAUGGCAACUUCCUAUGAGGAGUUUUAUUGUACAUCUGUAAACAAGCUUAUUGGUGUGUCUAGUGAGAAAAUGCAGUUGUUUAUAAAUUAUUUAAUAUUGCUCUGCGGCCCGAUAGCAAAUGCGUCACGGACCGGUACCGGUCCCCGGACCGGUGGUUGGAGACCACUGAUCUAGAGAAUCUUUGACUGUAUCGUUUUGCAAUUGGCCCUUCAAAAAAUUAGAGUUCUCUUGUAGAAGAUUCCGCCAUCCUAGUCACUGCUGUUGCAUGUGUGUUUGGGCAAAAAAACUUCACCCACCUGGCCCUCAGUCCAAUCCACACUAUAUGGAUGUUUUUUAGCAGGACUCCCUUAAAAACAGAUUCUUAAUCUCAAUGAGACGUUCCUGCAUAAAGGGGAUCUUUGUCGAGUGGACCUAAAAUAAGCAGAGCACUACUAGCAUUUAGAUGAUCUUUGUUUAUUUUUGUUUUUCUCUGCGUAAUUGCUUAAAAACAUCAGCAUGCUCCUGUAACAUUAGACGGUCUUUGAUGAGGGUUUUUUUUUUUGCAGUAAGUGCUUAAAAACAGCAGAGCCCUCUUGUCAUAUGUAGAAUCUUAGACUUGUAUUUUUUGCAAUACGUCCUCAAAUAAAGCAGAGCGCUCCUGUCAUAAAGAGGAUAUUUAAUGAGUGAUCUUUUAUUUUUUUUAUUUUUUUUGGGGGGGUGCAGUAAGUGCUUAAAAACAGCAGAACCCUGUAGUUAUAUAAAAUAGAUAUUUAACUUGCAUUUUUGUGCAAUAGGACUUUAAAGGAGACCUAUUAUGCAGAACAAACUUUUCUUACCUGAUUGUACCUGCUUUUGUGUAUUUAGGAUCCCCAUAAGUCCCGAAAAUUGUAAAUCAAACAAAAGACGCAUGGUGGAGAUAUUUAUCAAACAAUCAAGUCCGCCAUUGUAGUUUUUCUCUUGUCGCUAUUUUCUUGUUGUGGGGCAGACUGGUCCGUACAUGCACAUGCAUCCUCCGCUGUUGUCAUUUUUAAUAAAAAGUAGCGUAUAGUUGUAAUUUAUAUCUGUCAGUAGACUCCAUAUGGAAGCGCUAAAAACUACAAAAAAGAUUGUCGAGUGAAGGCGCAAUCGAAGUGGAGGCACGUAAAUGAGACUGCCCACAAAAAGGCGCUCCCUAAAUAGACUGUCUGAAAGUGGCUUGAAGAUGGUCUGUAAAACAUAAUCUAUGCAACAUUUUGAGCAAGUAACAACCUUUACAUGUUAUGUAGACUACAAGAAAGUGUUUUAAAUGUAGAAAAAAAAUCCUAAUAUGACAACCCCUUUAAAUAAAGCAGAGCGCACCAGCCGUAAAGAGGAUCUUUGAGAAGUUUUUUUUUUUUUGGCAGUGUUUAAA